UGGAGGAGGAGUGCGCGCGGGUGACGCGGCCGCCAGAAAGUUACUCCGAGUUCCAAUGUCGGCAACAUUGUAGCAGGGGCGGGUUUGUGGCCGCUGGUGCCCGGCAACUCGACUUUCUCCGGACUCGCUCACCUUAUUCCCCAGCUGGCUUAUAUGAGGAUUCUUACUCGGAGGGAGCUGCUGAGAGAUGGGAGCCGGCCGGCUUUGGAGCCACUUUUGGGGCGUGCUGGGGGUGACUGCUGUCUGUACAGCAUUCCAGUGCCGUGACUCCUCUCAGCCGUGUAUGAAUGGGGGGACUUGUGUAACGCACCAGAAUGGUACUGGAGCUUGUGCGUGUCGAUCUGGAUUUGUGGGUGAAUACUGCCAGCACCCAGAUCCCUGUCAGAUUUCAACCUGCCUUAAUGGAGGAACGUGUAGAAUUUCCUUCACUGAAAGCAAAGUACAAGGGUCAUGCAGUUGUGCUUUGGGAUUUACUGGUGAUCGAUGUGAUACAAUAGUCACCAAUGUCUGUCUGAACAAACCUUGCCAAAAUCGAGGAACUUGCCGCCUCAUCACCCUUGAGAAAUAUGAAUGCAAGUGCCAACGAGGAUGGAUCGGUAAAAACUGCCAACACGUGGAUUUCUGUGCUUCACAACCUUGUGCGAAUGGUGGCAAGUGCAGUAGUUCAAGAAACAACUACACCUGUACCUGUCCUUCAGGCUACACAGGAUUUCAGUGCAAAACUGACAUUGAUGAAUGUAAGGCUGGGAAUCUGUGCCUGAAUGAGGGAGUUUGCCAGAACGAGCCAGGCUCCUAUCGCUGCUUAUGCAAGCCAGGUUUCACUGGAGUCAACUGUGAGAGUGUGUAUGUGCCAUGCUCACCAUCACCGUGUGUCAAUGGAGGCACCUGCCGACCAACCAACGACGACCUGACCUACGAAUGCAACUGCCUGCCAGGAUUCAAUGGAAAAGACUGUGAGAUAAACAUUGAUGACUGCCCUGACCAUCGAUGUGAGAAUGGAGGUACCUGUGUGGAUGGAGUGAACACCUACAACUGCCGAUGCACACCUGAGUGGACAGGUCAGUUUUGUACGGAGGAUGUAGAUGAGUGUCAACUGCAGCCAAAUGCCUGUCAGAAUGGAGGGACCUGCUCCAAUGCCAGUGGAGGGUAUCGGUGUGUCUGUGUCAACGGCUGGAGUGGUGACGACUGCAGUGAGAACAUUGACGAUUGUGCUGGUGCCACCUGCAUGAAUGGUGCCACGUGCCAUGACCGAGUGGCAUCCUUCGUAUGUGAAUGCCCUGUUGGCAAAGCUGGUAUCUUCUGUCAGGUGGAUGAUGCGUGUGUUAGUAACCCUUGUCACGAAGGAGCCACAUGUGAAACCAACCCUCUCAAAAGCAGUUUCUUUUGCAGUUGCCCUCUUGGGUACAAAGGCACCGUCUGUGAUAAGGAUAUCAAUGAAUGUUCUCUGGGGGGCAAUCCUUGUGAACAUGGAGGGAAGUGUGUAAAUACCAAGGGCUCAUUCCGCUGUGAGUGUGCUGUGGGUUAUUCUGGACCACGCUGUGAAAUGGACAUCAACGAGUGCCUUGCCAUGCCCUGCCUGAAUGAUGCUACCUGCUUGGACCAGAUCGGUGAAUUCAAGUGCAUUUGUAUGCCAGGCUUUGUGGGAGUAUACUGUGAGACCAACAUCGAUGAGUGUGAAAGCCAGCCGUGCCUCAAUAAUGGUGUGUGCAAGGACGAGGUGAACAGAUUUGCUUGCAAAUGCCCACCUGGUUUUGCUGGGAAUAUGUGCCAGAUCGAUAUUGAUGAGUGUGCCAGCACACCCUGCCAGCAUGGAGCCAAAUGUAUUGAUCGCCCAAAUGCGUUUGAGUGCGAGUGCAGUGAAGGCUUUACAGGGACUAAGUGCGAGAUCAACGAAAAUGAUUGCAAUCCGGACCCCUGCCACUAUGGGGCGUGUGAGGAUGGGAUCGCUGGGUAUACGUGCAUCUGCACACCUGGCUACAAGGGGCCGAUCUGCAGUGAACAGAUUGAUGAGUGCCAGAGUCAGCCAUGCCAGAACGGAGGCACUUGCCAAGACCGUGUGAAUGACUACAAGUGUCGAUGCCCGGUUGGCACCUCAGGUGUUAAUUGUGAAAUUAACUAUAAUGACUGUGCCAGUAACCCAUGUGACUAUGGAAUCUGUCGAGAUGGUAUCAAUCGGUAUGAUUGUGUCUGCAGUCCCGGAUAUUCAGGACCCAUGUGCAACAUUGACAUAGAUGAGUGCGCCUCCAACCCGUGUCAAAAUGGUGGUACAUGCGUUGAUGAGAUCAACCGCUUUGUUUGCCGCUGCCCGGAAGGAUAUCAUGAUCCCUAUUGUAAAUCAGAAGUGGACGAGUGCAAGAGUGGCCCUUGUAUUCAUGGAACAUGUGUAGAUGACGUCAACAGUUACCGGUGUGAAUGUCAUGCUGGCUGGGCUGGAGUCAACUGCGACGUGGACAAGAAUGAGUGCGAAUCAAAUCCCUGUCAACAGGGAGGAACCUGUGAGGACCUAGUCAAUGGCUACAAGUGCUUGUGUGUGAAAGGAUUUAAAGGCUCCGACUGCCAAAUCAACAUAAAUGAGUGUGCAUCGAACCCCUGCCUGAACAAAGGAGUCUGUGUGGAUAAAGUGAACGGAUACCAGUGUGUGUGUUCUCUCCCAUAUACUGGCAAGGAUUGUGAAUUUAUUCUGGCUCCAUGCUCCUCACAGCCGUGUGAAAAUGGUGGUGUCUGCAGCGAAACAGAAGACUAUGAGAAUUUUGUGUGCACUUGCACAGCGAGUUGGCAAGGUCGGAGAUGUUCAGUGGAUGUCGAUGAGUGUGUUGCUGAUCCCUGUAAAAAUGGUGGUGCUUGUCAAAAUACUCCUGGGAGCUACAAGUGUCAGUGCCUACCUGGCUAUGCUGGAGUGAACUGUGAGACAAACAUCAAUGAUUGUACCCCUAAUCCGUGCCAGAAUGGAGGUUCCUGUAUCGAUGGCGUCAACGCAUUCUCGUGCAACUGUGUGUUGGGGUUCACUGGCAACAAAUGCCAGCAGGAAAUCAAUGAAUGCUUCAGCAGUCCUUGCUUGAAUGGCGGCAACUGCUCUGACUACGUCAACAGUUACGUCUGCACCUGCCCGCAAGGUUUCAAUGGGAUUCACUGUGAAAACAACAUGCCCGACUGCACAGAGAGCUCUUGCUUCAACGAUGGGACCUGUAUCGAUGGUAUCAACUCGUACACGUGUCACUGCCAGCCAGGCUUCACCGGCUCCAACUGCCAGUUUGACAUCAAUGAAUGUGACUCUGAGCCAUGUCAAAAUGGCGGCAUCUGCAUCGAUGGGUUGGGCAGUUACCGCUGCUCCUGUCCCUCUGGCUACUCGGGCAAAAACUGCCAGACCCUGGUCAAUCUGUGCAACGGCUCACCCUGCAAGAAUGGAGGCAGGUGUGUGCAGCGAGGCGCCACGUACCACUGCAACUGCCGGAGCGGUUGGACCGGGCUGUACUGCGACGUGCCAGAUGUGUCGUGUGAGGUGGCAGCUUUUCGCAGAGGCUUGACGGUUGAGCAGCUUUGCCAGCAUUCGGGGAAUUGCAUCAACACUGGCAACAGCCAUCGAUGUCAGUGCAUGGCUGGAUAUACUGGCAGCUACUGCCAACAGGAUGUGGAUGAUUGUGCAUCGAACCCAUGCCGGAAUGGUGCCACCUGCAAGGAUUACCUGGGCAGCUAUGCAUGUGAGUGUGUUCCAGGGUACAGGGGCAUCACCUGUGAGACCGAAGUUAAUGAGUGCAGCAUUGCGCACUGUCAGAAUGGAGGCACUUGCAUCGACCUGGUGAAUGAUUACAAGUGUUCCUGUCCGCCCGGAACUGCAGGUAUUCACUGCGAAAUAAACAACGAUGAUUGUGAGCCUGACUUUGAUCCCCACACUGGGGAGCACAAGUGUCUAAAUGGCGGCCGGUGUGUCGACAGAAUUGGUGGCUACAGCUGUAUCUGCCCACCUGGCUUUAUUGGCGAACGCUGUGAAGGAGAUGUCAAUGAAUGCUUGUCCAACCCAUGUGACCACAAGGGGAUGCUUGACUGCGUCCAGUUAAACAACGAUUACCUAUGUAGGUGUCGACCUGGUUUUACGGGCCGCCACUGUGAGACUGUCAUUGACCUGUGCCUUUCUCAGCCGUGUCAGAAUGGAGGGAUGUGUGUCUCUACUGCUAAUACCCCUCUGGGAUACACCUGCCAGUGCAGACCUGGCGUGGUGGGUGUGAAUUGUGAGCACACCAACUAUACCUGCGGGCAGGUUUUGUGCCAGAAUGGUGGGGCGUGCUCCAUGACACCACAGGGCCCCAAGUGCAAGUGUCCGAGGGGAUUCAGAGGCUCCGAGUGCCACGUGCCUAGUUGUGCCACCCGGCCCUGCCGCAAUGGCGGGACCUGCCUGCCCAAAUCCUCGCCGCCGUUCUUCGCCUGCAGCUGCCCCGCCCCCUUCAGUGGGCAGACCUGCACCCGGCGGGAAACGCAGAGCUGCCUGGUGCCACAGUGCAAGGAGAAGGCCCGCGACCGGAUUUGCGACCAGGAGUGCAACAACUACGAGUGUGAGUGGGAUGGUGGCGACUGCUCGCUGAACCUGAACCCCUGGGAGAACUGCACGGCCAGCUUGCAGUGCUGGAAGUACUUCAACAACAACGAGUGCGACGAAGCCUGCAACACACCCGAGUGCCUGUUUGACAACUUCGCCUGUCGCAACAGUCAGAAGUCCUGCAAUCCAUUCUAUGAGAAGUACUGUGCCGAUCACUACCGCGAUGGCCGCUGUGACCAGGGCUGCAAUAAUGAGGAGUGUGGCUGGGAUGGGCUGGAUUGCGUGGACAGUGAGACCGAGCAGUUGGCCGAGGGGAUGUUGGUGUUGAUUGUGCUCCUGCCACCAGAGGAACUACUGAAGGAUUCUGUCAAUUUCCUUCGGAAGCUGGGGUCCCUCCUGCAUACCACUCUGCGAUUCAAGAAGGACUCCAGGGGCGAACCAAUGAUCUUCCCUUACUACGGUCACGGGUCCAGAAUGAAGCGUUUUAUUAGAAUUGUGAGGGAACUCGGGCAAGAAAUUAUUGGUUCUGAGGUCUACUUGGAGAUUGACAAUCGGCAGUGUUUGCAGACAUCUGAGGAUUGUUUUCCAUCGACAGACACCGCUGCUGCUUUCAUCGCUGCCCAGUCCAGCAAGGGUACUCUGCCGUACCCAAUUGAGUCCGUUAAAAGUAAACGCGAUGAUCUGGAUCAGCAGGGACAACUCAGUCUCCUCUAUCUUGUGAUGGUUGCAGUUGGGAUCAUCAUUCUUAUUCUUAUCCUGGGUGUGGUAGCAGCCAAGCGCAAACGCAAACUCGGCCCACUCUGGUUCCCGGAAGGCUUUACACUCAAGAAGGUUGGCAAUCGGAAGCGCAGAGAACCUGUGGGGCAGGAUGCAGUGGGAAUGAAGAAUCUAUCAAGGCCAGUACCUGAUGUCAGCGUCUGUGAUGACAACCAGAAUGAGCAGUGGAUGGACGAAGGAGGGCCAGAGGCAAAGAAGGUCAAGACUGAAAAUCAGGCUCUGUUGUCUGAAAAUAAAGACCAGGUGGACCAUCGACCAUGGACACAGCAGCACCUGGUGGCAGCCGAUGUCCGGUUAACACCAUCGCUAGCGCUGACACCACCCCAGGGAGACCAGGAUGCCAACUGUAUGGAUGUCAAUGUGAGAGGUCCAGAUGGAUUUACGCCUCUUAUGUUGGCAUCGCUGCGUGGUGGUGGGCUGGACACGGGAAUCGAAGUGGAAGAAGAUGUGGAAGACUCGUCGGCCAACGUCAUCACUGACCUCAUCUACCAAGGUGCCAGCCUUCAUUCCCAGACCGACCGGACCGGGGAGACGUCCCUCCACCUGGCAGCACGCUAUGCUCGGGCAGACGCAGCCAAGUGCCUCCUCGAUGCGGGCGCCGAUGCCAAUGCCCAGGACAACAUGGGUCGGUCGCCACUCCAUGCAGCUGUGGCAGCCGAUGCUCAGGGGGUGUUUCAGAUUCUUAUUCGGAACAGAGCCACGGACCUGGAUUGCCGAAUGAACGACGGCACCACUCCUCUGAUCCUGGCUGCACGCCUUGCGGUUGAGGGCAUGGUGGUCGAGCUGAUUAAUUGCCACGCUGAUGUAAAUGCCGUGGAUGACCAUGGUAAAUCAGCACUUCACUGGGCAGCAGCUGUAAAUAAUGUGGAUGCAACUCGGGCCCUGCUAAAGAACGGAGCCAACAAAGACAUGCAGGACAACAAGGAGGAGACACCCUUGUUCCUUGCUGCAAGAGAAGGCAGCUUUGAGGCCACCAAGAUUUUACUGGACCACUUUUCCAACCGUGACAUCACAGACCACAUGGACAGACUGCCCCGGGACAUCGCUCAGGAGCGAAUGCACCACGACAUCGUGCAGCUGCUGGAUGAAUACAACCUGGUCCGGAGUCCCCAGGGCCUGGGUGGACCCAUGGUGGGCCCCACCAUGUCCCCUGCCGCCUGCCCAACCAGCAGCUCUUGCUCUAGCCUCAAGCUAACCCCCAUGGGCAAGAAAGCAAGAAAGCCGAGCACAAAGAGCCUGGCUCCGGGUAAUGCCAAAGACUCCAAGGAAGCAAAAGCCAGACGGCGGAAAAGGUCCAUUGGCAAUGGUAAGGAGACCCUUGUGGAGAACUCGGUGGCUCUGUCACCGGUCGAAUCACUGGAAUCUCCGCACACCUACUUGUCCACCACAUCUCCACCCCUACUUGCAUCGACAGGGGUUCUGCAGCAAUCACCAGCAGUAUCUCUGCACCGUUCAAUUCCAGUACAAAGCCAACUGGCGAUGUCCUUCUCAAACCUGAGUGAAAUGAAGGGUGUGAAUGUGGGCUCCAACUCAGUCCUGAGUCAGGUGCUCCCCUCCAUGUCGCACUCUUCCAUAGCUGGGCAAAGCUCCAACCUGGAGCUGUCUUUGGGCCAGGUCGGACACAUGAAUCCGCAGCAAGAUUGGAUGAAUCGAAUGGGAAUUGUCACCUCCCAGUAUAACCCCUUACUGGGUGUCCUGCACCAAGUCUCCAAUUCGUACCCCAACAUCCAUCAACAGAAUGGGGUGCUGCAGUCGAACAUGCCUUCAAUGCACAUGACCAUGGUCAGGGAGCAGAUGCCACAGUUAAUGACCUACCAGCCUAUGAAUAGUAGCACAUCACAGCCAGCAAUGCAACAGAACUCUCAAAUAACGCCACCACAGGGGCAACCUUACUGCAGCACCAUGGCGCCAGUGUCUGUUGGGAGUAUGCACCAGAUGCCCGAGAUUGUCCGGCUGCCAAACGGCCAAAUGAAUAACUCCAUGGUAUCCACAAGCCAAGAGGGCCAGGCAUCACAGAUCACCCUGCCGGCUUAUCACAAGCUGCCGAGUUCCGUGCAGAUUGACAAGUACCCCACCCCUCCGUCUCAGCACAGCUACGUCUCAGCGACAGAUAACACCCCGAACCACAACAUCCACCUCCAGAGUGAGCACCCGUAUCUGACGCCCUCCCCCGAGUCUCCCGAUCAGUGGUCCAGCUCCUCUCCACAUUCCACGUCUGACUGGUCUGAUAUCACACCCAGCCCAGCCCCCACUGGGCAGCGGCCGCAGGUCUCACACAUGCCCGAGCAGCAAAGGGGCAACACGCAGGUGUUUGCUUGAGUGCAUUUACCAAGCUGAGGAGAAGAAACAAUCUGACUGCUUGAAAUAAAGGAAAAUUAAUUCCUUGAACUUCUACCUGGGAAUUUUCCUUCACUGUUGUGGGGAGCAAAGGACAAGAAUAGAGAAACUGUUCCUGUUGAGUCUAAGAUCAACUCUUUUGGACUUGAGAAAUAUCAUAUCAUAUUGUUGUGCUUUUUGGGGGUUUUAUUUAUUUUAAUCACUGUCACUGCCUGUUUCCAUGUCUUUAUAGCUCAACCUUUUUAGUAAAACUCCCUUUUAGUAACACGGUCCAGUGAAGAUGAGCUUGGCACACAUAAUUGCCACCCUCAAUGCUGCCCUUCUCCAAUGUAGAGGGCACACUAAGCUAAACUUGGCACUUGUGUUGCAUGGUCAGUUGUGACGCCAACACCACUUGGCAGAUCUUGACACUGCAACUUCGAAAUCCAGUCGUUGAAGGAAAUGCAUCUUUGUUACAGCUUUUGUUUUGUUUUUGGGGCUGGGGUGGGAAGGGAGAGGGUAGAUGCUGUAAUGCUGUAAUCCUGUAGAUCAGACUCCCCUCCAUUGCUAGUUGCUGCUUGUCGCAGCACUUGUAUUCUGAAUGUAGUGCCUUAGCGUUAAUUUGUACCAAUGCCUCCUUUAGCCUGCAACAUCAGAGCAAAGAGUUGGACCAUUGGGAUAUCAUUAUCUGCUUUUAUAUUAAUUUUUAAGAUCAGAUAGGCUUACAUUUUUUAACCAUUCCUUUGUCGUGCAAGUCUUCUGGAAUAUAACUUUUCCAGUAAAUCCAUUACUUGGAUUCACCAAUAGAUUCUUGGCUUCAUUGAAGAAGCAAACUUAAAACUUGAUAACUUCAGUACUAUCUGCUAGGUUUUGGUCACGGGAGCACUUCCUCAUUAAAAAUAUAUUAUUUAAGAGAACUCCGAUCAUGAAUUUGUCUUUAGCUGCAGCAAUUUGUCAACAAGGAUGUAAUGACAGGGACUCAUGGUGAAGUAAGCUUUUUAGAAUAUAUUAGUGCAGUGGGUUGUUGGGGAAGAUAGUUCCUGAUCUGAGCACUAUUGUUCUCUUGACAGUCAUCUGCAAGGCUCAGUGUUUAGCAAAAGAACUAGCUUCAGAUCUGCUAAUCUUCUACAAGGAGUAAAAUGUCUGGGUGAUUAAUUCCAUGAAUGUGAUUAUGAUGCAUUCUAGUUUCCUGUAUCCUCGUUAAGAUGUUGCAGCUUUAGAAUGUACAUAACAGGCUGGAAGCUCAAGUGAAGUGAUGGAUGGUGUAUAACAUUAAGAUCUUUCUCUGCUACAAUAAGAAAUUGUAGUUCAUAGUCUAAAAAUUGAUGACUGAAACCUUUGAGGGCAGUUGUCUCAAUCUACCUACCCAUGCUGCACAAGGAAGUUGUAUGUGUAAUUUCUGCGACUGGCUCCAUGCAGGAUACUUUCCUGGUCUGCUGACGUUAUGUCACAUUGACCUCUCGGCUGAUGAGAAGGCACAACUGGCAGUCAGCUUGAUGUUACACUUGUUCCAAAAGUGCACAAUCCUGUCAGCCCUCACAUUGGUAAGAGGUAUGAGCUUCCUGGGCUCCAGGAAGUCAGAGACCUCAACCCACGUUUCCCAGCACAUUCAGCUGGCCUUGGAUGACAUCGACUCUGUUUGAGUCUCCUUUCUGAAGUUUGUUGAACAAAUCUUGCCAGUUUUUGAGUCUGAAUUAAUUUCAUUUAUUGUUAUGUUUUAACCACUUAUAACUUUUUCCUCAAAGAUUUAUACUUUAUACUAAGAUGAAGAAACACAGUGUUAAAUUGAAAGCUUCCACAUAAAGAAGCAAAGUCUUGGGAGUUGCAACAUUUCACUGUAAUUAUGAAACACAGAGAAAAAUCUAAAAACUGUAAUUUUACAGAUACUUGGAUUCUUUCUCUUUUUGCUGAUUGAUAGGUUUGAGGUAGAAAUCACGUCUCUUGGGCUUGUUCUACUGCUGCAUAAGAUAUUCAGAGCCUAGUCUUUAUCAUUGAAUAAGUUUCAUCUACUCCCUGGAGUUUCAGAGUUCUUUCAUGACUCAUAUUGUCAUAAUGUAUAUUAUUAAUUUUUGAGAGAAAAAGUUUGGGUUCUGUAUUUUCUGUGAACUGUGUGCAGACAGAAACCAUUAAAAUUCAGACACAAAAGAAAACAUUGGAACGUACUUUGAGAGGAAGCAGAGGGUUUCUGUCAGGUAUAUCUCACCCGUUGGUCUAGGAAUUGUUUGUGACAGAUCAUAACUGGGUCAAGUGAUGUAUGCUGUUGGAAAGAGAAAGAUCUUCAACCUCUGGGAUUUGCCUUUCAUACAUAGCACCUGAAACAGGUUAUAAAAAGACUUCCUGGUUACAUUUUGAAAAAUGUUUUAGCACUAAUAAAUAUUUCUAUUUUUAGCUUGUUGACCUGAAUUGUAAGUUUGUGUGACUGCCAGCCUUUGCCCUUGCCCUCAUCCACACUAAGCCCCCCCCUCCCCAACAUGAAUAGUUAUACGGUAAUACACAGUUGUUGAUGCAUUUACUAUUUUGGUACCAACUUACCUGAAAGUUUGUGAAUCAAAUGGCUAGUGGUCACUCCUCCCCCAGCUGUUGCAAGGACAGUGUUGAAAACCCAACAUAUGAUGCUAGUUGAAAUUGGGUUGAUCCUGGAAUACAGAGGGUUAAUGUUUGGGGUUUUAAAUGUUUUGGAUAAAUAGCACUUUCCAUAAGUGAAUCAGAAGUCUGAAAACAGCAUCUUUCACUUAGUUUUUGCAAAUAUAACUGAGCCCAUUUUGCAAAAUAAAUCCAGUUUAAUGAAAUUUAUAUUCAAGCCGGAAAUUGGAACAAGAUGGGAGAAUAGUUUAGCUCAUGGUGGAGUGGCGGAGCAGACUCGAUGGGCCGAAUGGCCUACUUCUGCUCCUUUGUCUUGUGAUCUUGUGAAGCAGUUGAAUGGUUUGUUAUGCCACACUAAACCAACCUUGUACAAUUUUUUUUUUGAAGUACAACUAUGCCCAAGUAACUUAUAAUAAAUCUUUAGGCUAUUUAAGGAUCAUUCACAGUCUUCACCCUUUGAUUAAAUUCUAUUACAGAUGUUUUACCCCUCAAUGGAAUGUUGCACUUUAAGUCUGUGAGCUAACCACUGAGCUCCUCAGACUGAACAAUCGUCAGAAGCUUCAUGAGAGAACAGCCUAGAAAGAUCCACCUGUUUUAUGCUGUCCACUUCUUUGAAAGUGCCAAUUGAUUGGUGUAAUUUUACAAUUAUCUUCCCAGCCGAUAUUUUUCCAGGAUUAGAAAGAGAAACUCUAAAUUAGUGUAAAGAGAGUACACACAGAACAGAAACAUUUUAACAAAUCAUUUUCAUUCUGCUCUGAGUUCAUGUGUUUGUAGUCACAGUACAUGAUCAGUUUUUGUCCAGUGCAUCUCCAACUUGCCGAACUGUCCUACCCAGCAUAUAUGUUCCUUCCCCCUCAAUAAGUGUGAAGUAACUCCUGGCCUUUCUCCAAAGCAAGCUAGAAAUGUAGAUGUCUGGGUGGUAGAUGGAUGUACUUCGUACCGACAAUCACAUGACAACUACACUGAAACUACAGAACCAACGGCCUGUGAAUCACAAGCCAGAUCAAUUAAUGUAAAUAAGCUAACCUUGUAUGACUUUGUAUCUUUUACUGUCAAAUCGAUAUGUACUAAAAAUUUUUGCUAUCUCAUAUUAGAUGAACUAUUGAAUACAUCGAACUAGUGGAUGGAAUACUAUUUUUUAACUUUUACACUUAAAAGCUUUUCAUGAAAAAGUUGUUUGAAAUGAAUUUUUACAGAAGUAUUUUUUAAGAUUGUGAUUUAUACAUGAAGUACAAAAUGUAACAUGAUAAAUGUUUAAAAUGGAUAUCCAUCUGUCUUUGUUUGGGAAUUAAUGUGUCCCAUUUGUCUGCAUACAGAAGUACACCUAUAAACCAUGGAUUGGUAUUAAACAACAAACCUCAUUCACUGUCCUUUGAAUAAUUUAAUGAUGAGGCGUAGUUCUGUUGAUAAGGUAGCUUCCCAAGACAUCUUGGAGCUUGCAGACUAAGAUCUCACUGUCAAAGGGAACAGGAAUAAACCAUCCAAAACUGUUCUGUCAUAAUUUGGAUCAUGAUGGAUUUGCAUUUUGAUCUAAUGUUCCUGCUUUUGAUUUGUAUUUCUUCACAAUAAAAACAUUCUGCUCACUUCUGGCUCCUCAACACGUGAU